AUGGAGUUCAGUUCAUUAUACACUGGUACUGCAGAAGAAUUGAAGAACCAGACAUUCAACAUAAUUGUGACGAUGGACGCGUUUGGUAAUCCACUGGGUCUCGCUUCAAAUCUGAAGGAAAGCUUCGAAGGGCUGCUGUUUGAAGGCAAUUUGAGUGGAUUUGUUAGCGGUUUGGGCUAUGGCGUCACAAACAGCAUAUCAAAGGUAGCUUCGUCAAUGGCGACAGGUGUUGGAUCGUUAACUUUUGAUGAGCGCCAUGAGCUGAUGAGGCGCCGGAUGUUGCGCUGUCAGUCUCAUGCGGACAGCAACAGUGCUCUUGCUCAUUUAUAUUGUGGAGUAAAGGGCUUAGGUGUUGGUGUGUUGGGCGGCUUAACCGCAAUUAUGACGAAUACAUAUAAUGAAAGUCGCAAAGAUGGACUUACGGGUGCAGUACGCGGGAUUACAACGGGAGCAGUGGAUACUGUGACCAAACCCGUGCAGGGUUUUUUCGAUUUGGUCGAGGGAACUGCUUCAGCAUUCAAAGAGAUGGUCGGUGGACCAACAGCAAGGAGAUCGCAUUUCGCGUCUGAUCGUGUCCGGCUUCCUCGUGUGACAAUGAAUUUGCAGUCACUGCUGCCAUGUUAUUCGGAGGAGCUUGCGCUCCUGGAUGUGGAGAUGUUACUGGAUCAAACAGCAGCUGGUCAACAAAUACGACAGUAUGCCUUGGUUUGCUCAGAGCAGUGUUACAUCAUAAGACAGUUAAACGCGGAGCCCAGUAAUGUUGUUCAAAGGAUACCGUACAAACAACUGAAGCUAAUCCAGGCAGUUCCAGUUACUGAGAAAGACAGCUUCGUUGGAACCAUAGGUAUUUCUUGA